AGGGAAUUCUGUGGAGUAGUACAGUCAGAACAUCAGUAUACAGGCCAGUCAUGGUACAGAUAUUAACCUGUGUGCUACUUGUCCUGUUAGCACCAUCUUUCAGCAGCAUGGUAUUGGCCCAUUGGAGAAAGGCUCGUAUCAUUCGAAAUACAGAGUCGGGAAAAGUGAGGGGAAAUCUUACCUGGUGGGGACAGUCUUACUUAGGAAUUCCGUACGGAAAGGCUGAAAGAUUUUCGCCUUCGGUUUCUUUUGGCUCGUGGGACGGUAUUAGAUCUGCCGAGCAGUAUGGUCCUCAAUGUUACCAACCAAGCGUGUUCUGUAACCUGGCGCCUCAAAGCUGUAAUCAAGAGAUGAGCGAGGACUGUUUGACAUUAAACAUAUACACCCCUAGAAGAGCCAGAUACGACCCACGCAAGGGCAAUCAUAAAUAUGCAGUCUUGGUAUGGAUUCAUGGCGGAUAUUACCAGGCGUACACAGCCGGAAGUCCUUACUACAAUGGCCUGAAGCUUGCGUCAGCGGCCAGAAUCAUUGUCGUUACCUUAAAUUAUCGGCUAGGCCCUCUUGGAUUUUUGAACAUCCCUGAUGUACAGAGCACAGGUAACUAUGGCUUUUAUGACCAGCGUCUGGCAUUACAAUGGGUUCGAAACAACAUCCACUAUUUCGGAGGAGACCCAAACAGAGUGACGUUGGGAGGUGAAAGUGCUGGUGCUCACUCAACUAUGUUCCACAUGAUGACGCCGGGGUCUCAGUCUCUAUUUCAAAGAGCAAUCUUAAUGUCAACACCAGGAAUCGAAGUUCCAACUUCGGACGUAGCAGGCAGAACUGCCACCGGUUUGUUGAAUGGAUUAGGCUGUGAUACGAGUGACAAUAAACUAGAAUGUUUGAGAGGCAAAACUGCUGAAGAAAUUGUGACACAAAGCUUGCUUUUACCAGCCACUCAAAAUUUCUUGCAAGGCUUCCAGCGUUUUGGUGUUUACAUUGAUGGGCAGGAGAUCAUGGAAAGCUUUUAUGACAACACUAACAUUAAAAACAAGUUUGGAGGCAAGCCCGUAAUCAUCGGUACUUCUGCCUAUGAGAGCUUAAGUUUGACAUACACUAGGUUGACAACUCCAGUUCCAGCCCCAUUGUUUGGUGCCGUGGUAGGCCAAUGGCGAACGGCAAUAGUUCCGGAAACACAAAACUUAUACCUAAGUUCUCCAAGCUCUGACACAGAUAUUCGCCCGGAAAUUGCAGAAUUACUAACGGAUGUCAUAUUUACGUGUCCGGCUCGAUUGUUUGCUGACAGUAUAUCUGCUGAAAACAAAGUUUGGGUGUAUGUGUUUGAUCAGCCGAAUCUCGACUCUUACAUACAACCACUGUCAUGUGAAGACAGGGCAUGUCAUGUUGAAGACUUCCCAUACUUGUUCCGGCACCCAGACCUUGUUCCAGGUGCAGAAGACAAAUUCUUUUUCCGUUUGUCUAAUUUGAUUGUAGGAUAUUUUGGAAAUUUCGUAAAGAAUGGUAACCCUAACUCCCGCUGGAGAACACCAAAAUGGACAGAAUAUCAUUCAGACAGUACCUCGAAGGGGCAGAACCUUACCCUGGAGCUUCAAUACCCCAAUCCUCAGAAGAUCUCCAACUUUAGAAAGGACAGGUGUGACUACUGGGAUAGGGUAGGUUACGAGAAAGAAUCUCCUUAGAAGAUAUGCUGCGUUACACCACUGAAAGGUGUUACAACAAUUUUCUUGUUCGUGAAUUUCCAAAAUAAAAUUUUGAAAACCGUG